AUGAUAGCAGAAAGUAACCAGAUUAAUCAGUUUGAUGAAUUUUGUGGAGCAAUUGAUGAUAAAGAACUUGAAAACAUAAGUGCUACUAAUGCAAAUAAUUGGCUUAAAAAUGCUAUUGAGCUAAAUUUAGUUAAAUACAUUCCAUAUAAUGAACUAACAAACAUGCAGCCUCUUGAUGAGGGUAAUUUUGGAUCAGUUUAUCAAGCCCUUUGGAGAAAUAAUUACAUUAUUUGCAAAAGACUUAUAAAUGGUGCAUUAAUUAGAAACAAAUUUUUAAAAGCCUUUAUCCAAGAAUUACAAAUGCAAAUGCAACUUGCAUAUUCUGAACGAUUUAUUAAAGUUAUUGGAAUUAGUCAAGCAACUGAAAACGAAAUUCCUACAUGCGAUUCCAAUAUAGGUAGAAAUGAAGCUUUUAGUGAUGAGA